GGCGCGCCAGUCUUUGCACGACCGCGGCACGGACAGUGUCGGCCCGUUGAGAUGUGAACGCAUAACCUUCAAAUCUGUCUACCGCGACAGCUUCAGUUGCUAGUGCACGAUCGUUUUGGUUAUUUUAUCUUAUCGAGUAACAUUUUUUUAUUUGUGUUUCGACUGUCUUAGCAUCAGUUGUACCGGAUACAUCUGGAGAACCUUUCUGUGGCGACAUUGAUGGAGUUCCGCUUGGACAGCGCGGAGUAUUGCCAGGCCCAACACAAAUAAACUAGAGGGCGUUUCGAGCCGCGAGGGAGCAGAAGCGUGCACAGCUAGACCCAUGCCGGGAGCCCGCGCUGACAAUACGCACCCCGCGCGUUAUACGACGUACAUACACAUACAGUUACCUUAAAUUCUUCGGAGUCCGCUGUUAAUUGGAGCAUAUCAUUCAGUUGCCGAAGUUCGAGUGAAAACAAAAACUUAUGUUCAACGCAUAAUUUAAUUUCAUUCUACAUUCAGUACUUCUGUUUGAUUGUCAUCGAAUGUGCUCAAGUGGUUGAAAACGCCAUCCAUGCGGGUGUCUCCCAUUAUAUAAUUGGACCUUUUCUAAAUAAAAGCAAGGAAACUGCUGUGUGUUGUGUGGAAAUAGAGUGACAGUUUGCCUGUUAGUUUGUGACGGAGCGUGCCACCUCUGACGCGAGUGAAUCAGCUGAUAGCUGAGAGUUGUUGAGUGUCGAAGAACCACCGUCGGAGCCAUGAAGCAGAAGGACAUUAGACCGGCGCCCUCGCUCAUCGAGUACAAGAACUUGCGGUUCCUCAUCACCGACCGCCCCUCCGAUGUCACCAUUCAGACGUAUCUGCAGGAGCUGCGCAAGCACAACGUAUGCACAGUUGUGCGCGUGUGCGAGCCCAGCUACGACACAGCACCGCUGAAGGCCGAGGGUAUCGAAGUCAGAGAUCUGGCUUACGAUGACGGCACUUUCCCGCCAAUCAACGUCGUCGAGGAAUGGUUCGAGAUCCUUCGCGAGAAGGCUCAGAACAAGCCAGAGGCGGCCGUGGCGGUGCACUGCGUGGCGGGACUGGGCCGGGCCCCCGUCAUGGUGGCGAUCGCGCUCAUAGAGCUCGGCAUGAAGUAUGAGGAGGCCGUCGAGACCAUAAGAGAUCAGAGACGCGGGGCCAUAAAUGCUAAACAGCUCUCUUACCUGGAGAAGUACAGGCCAAAGUCGCGCCUCAAGAAAAAUGGGCACAAGAACGCGUGCUGCGUGCAGUAGGCAGCCAGCCACACUGCCGCGUCGGGUCCGUCCUGCGCCCGCAACAGCGAAUCUAGCUCUGCUUUCACACACACACUUACACAGGGGAGCAUAGACAACAAUCAAUUAGUUCUAUAAAGUAGUUUGUCGCCUCUUUUUGACGACCGUUUUUUAUUUCUUACAUUUUCGUUGAGCGCGAGUUGUGAUCAAACAUUUUGACAUCAUAACAAUUGACUUAUUCGUAACUGUACCAUUUGGUCGCAUUCUUAGCUCUUUAUAUUUGACAUGUUUAUCUCGAAUUUUCGAUGAAAUUUAAUUGAGAGCCUUAUUGUAAGCUAAUGUUUGUAUGUUCAGAGUAAAGGUGUAUAACCCUUGUGCUGUACUGUGUAUUAGUGGAAUAUGUUAAAUAGAAGCGAGCCACAAUUUGUGUUCAUAGUUGAAACAGUUACUCGGGUAUUUAUACUAAAAUCAUAAUAAAUUACAAUAUCCAUAAUAAUUACAAUGCAGUCAAUGUAUGCUCUUAGAUUCCUUUCGAGUUACUUUGUACUUUUGUGUGGUGAAAUCAUGAUUUAUUAUGUAACUAAAUAUUAUUUUCUUUUGUAGAGACUUAAUUAUUUUAAUGUUUAAUUUAAUAAUAAAAUGAGACAUAAUAGAGAGCAAUUCAUUAUGGUUUAAAGUGCCGUGAUGUGACGAAAAUGUAAUUUUGUUGAAACAUUGUGAAGAAACUAAAGUUGUAGACGAUUCCUAGGCCGCGAUUACUCAAAAUUUUGCAACCUAUGACUAAACAAUUGAUAAAAUUCUGAUAAAAUAGGUAUCAAUUUUGUGCAUGAAAUAUAAACUUUGACUCACCAAUGUUCCAAUAAAAAAUAGCUCUUUGAUAUUAUUUUUCUAUUUCUAAUUUUAUGAAAAUUAUCGAAGUAUAUGAUUGUGUAACUAUGGAACAGUCACAUUCAAAAUAAAAAUAUUUAUAAUCAA